UAAUGUUAUUUUUACUUUUUUAGGUAAAAAUUUUUGGUAGAAAAAUUAGGAAUGGGGAAUGAGUUUCUUGAUAAUGGUGUUUCAGAGGAGGAGGUAAAUGGUGAAACAGAAGAUGAAAUACCUGCAAAUAAAGUUGUUUACAUACAGCUGAGAUAUUGUUUUGAUGACAAAGCUGAAAUAAAAGCUUCUGAAGGAAUUAUUAAAGGCAUCACUCUUACUCCUGAUGUAACAUGCAAAAUGGUUCGGAAGCAACUGUUAUCAGAGUUUAACAUUCAAGACAGCUCAUUAGUGUUAAAGCUACGUAAUCAAAGAGAAUCCAUCAUUCCUUUAAGUUACUCUAUUCCGGAAAAUACCUAUACCAAACCAUACAUAUUGGAAAUAUGCAACAGAUAUCAGAACGUGACUCCAUUUGAGCGCACAGUCAGUGUACCGACGUACGAACAGGUUUUAAAACGAAAACUUCGAAGUAUUAACAGUCGGAUGUCCAAGCUGGAAAAUUUUGCACCAACUUUACCUGAUAAACAAGCUGUAAAAAUUGACGAGGAAAUUCGUGAUAUUAACGAGAAAAUGAAUGUACUAGAUAGAAAACUCAAGGAAGCAGAUGAAACUCAAUGGCAGGGGAUGUUCAAACGAAACCCCUUAUGGUAGCAACUGUGAUGAAAAACAGGCUGUGUUAAAUAUACGUUACAACAUUAUUGAAAUAUUAUGCGUAUUUGAAAGGUUUUUUUGAACAACUUUCUGUCAGCGCAAGUGACCACGAAGGAAAUGUAACUUAUUGGUGAAAUAUUAUUUUAGUCAUUUAGA